AUGAACGAGAAAAGAAGAAGGAAGACUGGGUGUCUGACGUGCCGUACAAGGCGGGUGAAGUGCGACGAGCGGAAACCCACCUGUGCGCGUUGCGAAAAGGCCAAUGUAGAAUGCGCAGGAUAUGCGGAAAAGCGCCGGAUCAGCAUUCAGCCUACAAAGCAAAGCUCGUCCGUGGUGGCCACCCCGAUCGACCCUACUACAUCGACAUCUCGAACUCCCCCGUCACUUGAUGGUCGAAUUUACCACCGCGACUCUCGAGAAGAUGGAUUACCAUUGAUUGGACUCCCUGUGAAUCCUACAGCCUUUCAGCACCCUCACUCUCGUGCAAGAGACAUGUUAGGCUAUCACCAGUACCUGUUCCGGACCUUGCCCGUUCUCUUCCCUCCCAGAACCCAUUAUUUCUGGCGCGACUUUCUCUGUCAAGCUGCUUGGGAAGUCGAAUGGGCUUUUGAUACUAUUGUCGCCCUUGGAUCUAUGCACCGCGCAGCUUUGUUCUUGUCCAGAGAUAAUGCAAACGAUCACGAUCAAGGUCUUGACACGAAGAUCGUCGCAAUCCAAACUUAUAUCAAGGCCCUUCAAGGUGUAUCAGAUGACUUGACAAGUACAGCAAAGCCGACACCAUUGGCUGUCGGCGUCCUUGUGCUGAUGGCGUAUAUCGAGGUAUGUCGUUGA